CCGGAAGUUCUCUCCUGGAAUCAGCUGCGCAGCAGCAGCCAAAACAGCGAAUCGAGUUUAUUCAGGAAUAAAGCAAGAAAACAUGCAGCUUCACUUCGCUAAGGACGCGUUACCGGACUCUGUCGGUACCGACUUCCAGAACCUGAACAAAUUUAACGAGCAGCAGUUUAGUCGACUGAUUGAAAUUCUGUUCCAGUUCCUCCUGGACCCGAAAGAGACAGACAGAUUCGUGCAGCAGCUGACAGAAUUUGCAGGGGAACACGGGAUGAGCGCCGGCCCGCUGAGGAACCUGAUGAAGAGCAUCCUGCUGGUUCCUCAAGGGGCUCUGAAGAAAAACCUGACGUCUGAGCAAGUCAAGGAGGACCUGCUCACAUUAGGGCUAAAUGAGGAGAAAGCUGCUCACUUUUCAUCACAGUGGGGGCAGCAUUAUGCUGCGCUGUCCAGGCUGGCGGUGGGACAGACGCUGAUGGUCAACCAGCUGGUCGACAUGGAGUGGAAGUUUGGAGUGACUGUUGGCACGAGUGAGAUUCAGAAAGUGGGAAACGUUUUUUUGCAGUUGAAGCUGGUGGUGAGGAAGGGAAACUCGACUGAAAACGUUUUCAUGGAACUGACACUUCCUCAGUUUUACAACUUCCUGCAUGAGAUGGAGAGAGCAAAGGCCAGCAUGGAGUGCUUUGCUUGAAUUAAACCGUGUGUGUGUCUGUGUGUGUGUCUCUGUGUGUGUGCGUGUGCCAAACAUUUGUACUUAAUCUGAUAAUAAGCACAAUUAAAAAUUAAACAGUUUUGUCAGAUUA